CUUUCCUUUCCUCUUCCUUUACCACCCAUUCAUUCAUCUGCCCACUUGAGAAAAAUCGAAUCUUUCCCACCUUUUUUUUUGCCCCUUUUCCGUUGUCUCUUUCCUUCCGGGGCCAACCGAACAUUGAGGAAUUCACAGGUUUCUUGGUUUCUUCCUCCUGUCCGAAAAGAAUGUGACUUAACCCUGUCGUCGUUCGAGCCUCUUCCCCCCCCCCCCCCCCCACAAAUCGAAAUCCCGCCGCUCAAAUCCGCGUCCCUUGGAUUGUCGCCUUCUGGAUCGGAAUUGCUGCACACCCACAUCGGAAAGAUCUUCCCUUUUUCGCGUGUUCUUUUAGACAAUGAAUCAGAAGACCAAGAAGAGGAAGAAGAGGAAGCAGAGGCAUCAUGGGUCGGAAGCCCAAAGGCUGGUCGCCGCCGGCCCUUUCGGCGAUGCGCGGCCGGCGCCGGCGGGAGAGGACGAACAGACGCGGAUCAUCAUCAGCGCCUUAGUCGAAGCUUUCGGUUCGAUUUCGGUUGACGAGGCGGCUGCGGCUUUUAGGGAAGCGGAUGGCAACCCUAAUCGAGCCGUCGAGAUUCUGCGGGUUGGUCUGUUGGACGGUGCGGAGGAGCCGUCCACGAGCUCGAAUUCGAGCGGGGCAUCGGCCUCGGAGUCGGGGUUUGCUUCGAGCUCCGUCUCCGGUUCGAGCGAGGGAUAUGUGGAGGCUAAUUUUAUGCAGGACGCGCUGAGAGAGAAGCGGGUCAGGGGUAAUAAGGCGAAGAAACUGGUGGCCGCGACGGGGACGGUGUCGACGGUCCUGGGGAAGGAGUAUCUGAAGGUCAGUUCAGCGAGAGAUUCGGCUCGGUUGAAUGGAUUUUUGAAUGGGGGGAUUGUUUAUGGUAAAGAGGAGGAGACGGAGCAAUUUCUUUGCGCAAUGCUUGGAGAAGAAAGCGAGCUGAGCUUGGCCGUUGUUAGAGAUGUGCUCUGUCAGUGUGGAUACAAUGUUGGGAAGGCUUUGGAUGUAUUACUCGAUCUCUCUGCUUCCUCAUGUGAGCAGUCAAGGAACUGUAUAAACUUGGUUACUGAUGUAGAAAGUAGAGAAGAUACAAGAUCUUCCUUAGAAUGCAGUGAAAAUUAUGCAGAUAGGUUAUCUGAUUGCACUUCCCAAUCAUAUGAAAGUGAACCUCAUGAGAAUCCGUGGUUCAUAAGCAGUGAGUGCAGGAAUCAUUUUGACGUUCCUUCUGGUAGAUCUAUUGAAUCUAAUGUUUCUCAAGAAGUGUUGGAAUGCCUUUACAAGAUAUCAAAAAGCCCCCAACAUGAACCAAGAACUAUGAACUGGAGGCAUGUAGCAAAGAAGAUGAACACUUUUGGAAAUGAGCUUGAGUCUCAUGAGGAAACUAUUGCCAGAGGGGAUGAAUACACUGUUCUCAGGAAAGAUGCUGAACAACACUGGGAGUCGAUGAAAUCCUCUUAUCAAAAGGCUGCAGUUGCUUAUUCUAAAGGGGCAAAGGGGUAUGCUGCCGUCCUUUCUGAGGAGGGGAAGAAGUACUCUAAAAUGGGUCGACAGGCAGAAGAGAGGGCAAGCCAGGAGAUAUUUAGAGCUAGAAACAAGAACAUAGAGAAUGUGAUAACAAUCGAUUUGCAUGGGCAACAUGUCAAACAAGCAAUGAGGCUCUUGAAAUUUCACCUGCUAUUGCCCUCUAUACAGAAACUCAAGGUAAUAACAGGCUGUGGGUCGCAUGGUGUGGGCAAGUCAAAGCUGAAACAGUCGGUUGUUAGACUCAUAGAAAGGGAAGGUAUUGAAUGGAGCGAGGAGAACCAAGGAAUGGUGGUCAUCAAACUUGAUCAACGCAGAAAUUUCAGCUUUGUAGAUGCUGAUAGCGACAGCGAUUAAGUAAAAUUUGCAGGCAAAACUGAUCGCAGAACAGAAAGCUGGUUUUUGCAUUCGUAACUGAUCCAGGAGAAUCUGACUCAGCUGUAUAAAAUACGAUAGAAUUACUUUUCUGACCGUGUCCUCACGUGGGCUGAUGUCAGAUGUAUUAGUCAGUCAGUGGUGAUGUAGCUUGUAAGUCACGUUGCAGGUCCUCUUGUUGAAGCAGAAAUCCUCUUGUAAUCACUAUGCAGCGUAGAGUAGAGAGAUGAAAAUAGCAGCUUUAUUCAAAAUAAGGUGCAGACUGUAACUCAUCUUCUGAUAUAUUCACUGUGUAUAACUAAUGUAACCAGAUUUAACUUGAGAUUUGUGAUAUGGUUAUGGUAUUGCCGAUGGAAUCGGACCAAGUCCGCCUAUCUCGGGA